AUGAAGACCCUAUCGUGGAAUGUCAGGGGCUGCAAUGCCCUUGACAAGAUCCGCUUGAUCAAGCGAUGUCUUGAUCAAGUGAGACCGGAUGUUCUUCUCUUACAAGAAACAAAGAUCAAAGAGGAGGAUUUUAGUUUGUUUUCUAGGAAAUUUCAUUCAUGGAAUUGUAGUUUGGUAGGAGCUCAAGGUGCUUUUGGAGGUCUAGCUGUGCUCUGGAAGGGUUCAGUUGUGGAUGUGACAGUUGUUAGGGCCACUCGCUGGUGGCAAUGGCUGAAAAUUAAAUCAAUGCAAUUGCAGACUAGUUUCUUCCUCUUCAACAUCUAUGGGCUGAUCAACUCAAAUUUGAAAAAGCAAGUGUGGAGUGAGUUAUUUGAAAUUCUGUCUAAUGACAAGGAAAAUGUUUUCAUCCUAGGAGGUGAUUUCAACGCACUAAUCAGACCUUUAGACAAGAAAGGGGGCAUGGGUUGGAACAGACAGAGUCAAAGAGACUUCCACUCCUUUGUUACAAGUGCAGGUCUAAUUGAAAUUCCUUUCAAAAGGGGAGAAUUCACAUGGACCAACAGGAGGAGUGGAUUCCUAAAUAUCGCUGAAAAGUUAGACAGGUUCUUCAUAGCAGGAGAUUGGUUGGAGUGUCAUUGGACCAGCAAGGCGGAGAUCUUACCUUUCACGGGAUCAAACCAUUAUCCUAUAAGUCUAAGGCUGCAGGAUGACAGUGCUCCAGAGCGGUGCCCCUUUAAAUUUGAGGCAAUGUGGCUUCGGGAUGGCAACAUCAAAAGUCUCAUAGACCAAUGGUGGCUUUCACUUUUUUCAAAAAACUUCAAUUCGUGA